GUUCUGAGGGUUUGGCCAGUGCCAGAUCCUGCUUUUGAGGAAAUAACUGCUGGUUUUUGUAAUCCUUUGAGCGUUUGUUCUUGUUUUUUUGUUUUCUUCUUUAAAAUAAGCUGUGAUCUACGCCUUUUAGGCUACACAUUAAUAUCGAACAAAAUAUUUAUUAAUACAAUUUAUACAAUGUAUUAAUAAAGCUAAAUAUAAUAAUAAUAAAUCAGACGGAAGUAAUAUAUUUAGAUAUUUUUGUAACUUUUAUUUAAAUUACACAGGGUGUUCAUGUCAAGCAUGCAGUAAAGUGCAUUUGCAUAGCAGAACACGUUAUUGAAAUGUAGGCGAUUAGUUAUAUAUAGGCUACUUUCACAUAGUCACUCCAGACCAGGUGUAGCGUGAUAGAAAUAAAAUAAAAAGGAGAGAGAAAGGAAUAAAAUAUGAUUGUGGAAAAUGAAGGACGAAUAUGCAAAUGACAUUCUUCAGGAUAAAACCAGCAGGGACAUCCACACCCCCGGAGAAGAGAGAUUCUCGUGACGAUGUGGAGGUUAACAUGUAUGGCAAUCCUCAUAUGCGUCAAAGAUUCUUUUUCUCAUUUGAACGUUUGUGGCCGUGCCCCUCUAUACCCCCGUGUUGUGGGUGGUACAGACACACAUGAGGGGGCGUGGCCAUGGAUGGUUAGUCUUCACAGCCCCAAAUAUAAAGGCCAUUUUUGCGGAGGUUCCCUCAUCAGCAGUGAAUGGGUGUUAUCUGCAGCUCACUGUUUCGCUAGGUUAGAAGCACAUGAUCACACAUUUCCACAGAUAUUAAACACUGCUCUUGUAAUAUUGUUGUUUUCUUCAUUCAGUGUCAACACGUUCAGCGUCUGUGUGUAUUUGGGAAGGAGGACACAGCAGGGCGAUCAUGGGCAUGAAGUCAGCAGAAGUGUCAGUACACUCCUCAUUCACCCGUCCUACAACAAUGACACAUACAACAAUGACAUCGCUCUCCUGCGUCUGUCCUCUUCUGUCAUCUUCACCAACUAUAUUAGACCCGUGUGUUUAGCUGCGGAAAACAGCAACUUCCCUUCCGGCACAAGCAGCUGGAUCACAGGCUGGGGACAAACUGCAUUUGGAGUGAAUUUGUUUUAUCCCGGGGCUCUGCAGGAGACUGUGGUUCCAGUGGUAAUUAAUUCUGAAUGUAAUAAUCUGCUGGGUGCCGACCUCAUUACAGACAACAUGAUGUGUGCUGGUUUACUGCAGGGAGGAAAUGACACCUGCCAGGGGGACUCUGGUGGUCCAAUGGUGAGUCAUCAGUGUUCAGUGUGGGUUCAGUCUGGUAUCAUCAGUAGGGGUCAUGACUGUGGUCAGCCCAGUGAACCUGGUGUGUACACCCGUGUGUCACAAUAUCAGCAAUGGAUCACCACCUCAAUUGGCCAGAACCUCCCAGGAUUCGUCGUCUUCAACCCCCUAAUCUCUUGCUCUUCUGCCAGCCAAGGUUGAGGUAUAGUCAUAUAAAACACGCUUAUCUGUACUUCCAGGAACUGCUAUGCCAGUACCCAGUGAUCAUCACAAACUGCACAAGUUCAAGAUUUGUUGAACAGGCAGUUUUCUCCAGGACUUACCAUAGUAGUUGUAGGUUGUGAACAUAAUGCAGUAUUUUAUCAACAAUGUUCUCUCAUCUCCUCACAGUUAAACACUAUUUUUUUUUUUUUUACCUUUUCUUCAUUUUGCAUAUAAUUUUACAUAUAUUAAGCACAGAUCUUACACAUAGAUGCAACUUUAUAUCAACAUAUAAAAUGACAGCAUGGAAAUUUCUAAUUCAUUCAAAUUAAAAUCAAUAAAAUCUGUGUAAAUAAAAAAUUCAGCAAGGACACAUUUGUCAGGUGACAGUAAAGACAAGUAAAAUGUUACAAAAUAA